GAAAGCGACGGUGUUUUAGGACUUUCUGUGUAUCUGUGUUUCUGGUUUCUGUCGCUCUAAAACCCUCCUCUGUUUCUCUACUGUUGAACUUUGGAGUAGCAGGUAGCAGGUAGCAGGCAGCAGGCAGCAGGCUUUCGGUUGACUAACUUGCUGUUAAAGGAGGAGCAGAGUUAAUCGAAAAUCUUAAAAAAUGGGGAAGAAAACGAAGAAGCCAGGAAAAGGCAAAGAGAAAACCGAGAGGAAAACAGCCAAAGCUGAGGAGAAGAGAGCUCGUAGAGAGUCCAAGAAACUCUCUCCCGAAGAUGACAUUGACGCCAUUUUGUUGAGUAUACAAAAGGAGGAAGCAAAGAAGAAGGAAGUUCACAUUGACGAAAACGUCCCUGCGCCAUCUCCUCGAUCCAACUGCACAUUAAGCAUUAAUCCGCUGAAAGAGACAGAGUUGGUAUUAUAUGGGGGUGAAUUCUACAAUGGUAGCAAGACAUUUGUUUAUGGUGAUCUUUACAGGUACGAUGUGGAAAAGAUGGAAUGGAAGUUGGUAUCGAGUCCUAACAGUCCACCUCCUCGUAGUGCUCAUCAGGCAGUUGCUUGGAAGAAUUAUCUCUACAUCUUUGGUGGUGAAUUCACAUCCCCAAAUCAAGAGCGGUUCCAUCAUUACAAGGACUUUUGGAUGUUGGAUCUGAAAACAAAUCAGUGGGAACAACUAAAUUUGAAAGGAUGCCCAAGUCCACGGUCUGGUCAUCGAAUGGUCCUCUACAAGCACAAGAUUAUUGUUUUUGGUGGCUUCUAUGAUACUCUAAGAGAAGUGAGGUAUCAUAAUGAUUUGUACAUCUUUGACCUAGAUGAGUUCAAGUGGCAAGAAAUAAAGCCUAAGCUUGGUUCCAUGUGGCCUAGUGCUCGGAGUGGUUUCCAAUUUUUCAUGUAUCAAGAUCAGAUUUUCUUGUAUGGUGGCUACUCCAAAGAAGUGUCUUCUGAUAAGAACAGCUCUGAGAAAGGAAUUGUUCAUUCAGACGUGUGGUCUCUCGAUCCUAGGACUUGGGAGUGGAACAAGGUUAAGAAAAGUGGGAUGCCUCCUGGUGCUCGUGCUGGGUUUUCCAUGUGUGUUCAUAAGAAGCGUGCUUUAUUAUUUGGGGGUGUAGUAGAUAUGGAAAUGAAAGACGAUGUAAUGAUGAGCUUAUUCUUGAAUGAACUUUACGGCUUCCAACUAGAUAACCACCGAUGGUAUCCUUUGGAGCUACGGAAGGAAAAGUCAACCAAGGUUAAGUUAAAAAGGAAUUCAGAACUAGAACCUGACGGCCCUGAUUCUAAUGAUAAGAUAAAUAUUGAGGCAGAGGCUAGUGGCGUAGAUGAUAGAGACCAGAUUUCAGAGUAUGAUGAAGAAGCAGAUGAUGAGGAAAACAACAUUAAUGAAAUGUCUCAGAAUAUGGUAGCAAACAUGCAAAUUGAUGAUGGUGGGUCAAUAAAAUCUGCUGCAAAGCCUCAACAAUCUAAAUCUAAAUUAAAUUUUCAAAGUUCUGUUUCACCAGAGAUUGUAAAGCCUUGUGGACGCAUAAAUUCCUGCAUGGUUGUUGGUAAAGAUACUUUAUAUGUAUACGGGGGCAUGAUGGAGGUUAAAGAUCAAGAAAUUACACUUGAUGAUUUGUAUUCACUUAAUCUUAGUAAACUUGACGAAUGGAAGUGCAUUAUACCGGCUUCUGAAAGUGAAUGGGUGGAAGCCUCAGAGGAUGAAGAUGAGGAUGAAGACGAAGAUGAAGAUGAUAGUGAAGAAAUGGGUGAGCCUGGUAGCUAUGGUGAGGAGACUGAUGAUGAUGAUGAUGAUGCAGAGGCUAGCAAUGAUGGUGCAGGAUCACUUCAAAUGGGAGAUGCUGUUGCUUUUGUAAGGGGUGAGGGAAAGAAUCUAAGAAGGAAAGAGAAGCGAGCCAGGAUAGAGCAGAUCAGAGCUAACCUUGGCCUCUCAGAUUCACAGAGAACACCAAUGCCUGGAGAAUUCUUGAGGGAUUUCUACAGACGUACUAGUUUGUACUGGCAAAUGGCUGCCCAUGAACAUACACAGCACACUGGCAAGGAGCUCCGUAAGGAUGGUUUUGAUCUUGCUGAGGCUCGAUACAGGGAACUUAAACCACUUCUUGAUGAGUUGGCCAUAUUAGAGGCAGAGCAGAAGGCUGAAGAGGCAGAAGGGCCAGAAACGAGUUCAAGAAAGAGAGGAAAGAGGAAAACUUAAGCAUUUAUUUGCCUUGCGCUUGCAGUACUUUUGGCAUUGUUAUAAGCCAAAAAACGUAAAAUUUUGUUGGUUUACAUUAUGUUCUCCAAAUUACAGUAUAGUCGCACACACAAACAGAACAGCUGCUUUUAGAGCUGUACUUUUUUAUGGUAAAAUAUAUAUUAACUAUCAAAGAAUUUUGGUGGGUAUAAAAUC